CGUUCAUAUUUUUGAAGGUGACCAUCGAAUGGUCUAUGAUCUGUAACGGAAAAGUAAACCAGCACAGAAGCAAAACACUCCCUUCUAUCUAUCUUCUUUAUAUUCAGCUUCCUCUCUAAGCUAUUUUUUAACGUUCACAACCCCACACGCUACACUUAUUUCUCUUUCUCUGACUAGCAACACAACUGGUACAUAAGGAGCAAGAACAAGGACGCUGAGCAAACAGAGAGAGAUCAAGAUCAGAAACAUGGUGAAGGAUAGGAGGAUUGGUGUGGCCAUGGACUUCUCAAAGAGCAGCAAAAACGCUCUUCAAUGGGCCGUAGACAACUUGGUCGACAAAGGUGACACCCUCUGCAUCAUCCACAUCAACAGCAACAAACUCGACGAGUCUCGCAACGUCCUCUGGGCCAAAUCUGGUUCUCCUCUUAUUCCAUUGUCUGAGUUUAGAGAGCCUGAGGUUAUGAAAAAGUAUGGGGUGCAAACUGAUAUGGAAGUGCUUGAUACACUUAGAGGCAAAGGAGGAUCAGAAAAAAAAACACUCAAGGACCCAAUUCAGACCGACCCCUUCGCCGUCAAGGACUACGAGUGUGCUUCUAGGCAGAAAGAGGUGAGCAUUAUUACAAAGCUGUACUGGGGAGAUGCAAGGGACAAGCUUCUUGAAGCAGUUGACGAUCUGAAAUUAGACUCUCUGGUGAUGGGAAGCAGAGGACUUGGUACCCUUAAAAGGGUUGUACUUGGAAGUGUGAGCGACUAUGUGAUGACGAAUGCUUCAAUCCCUGUGACCAUUGUCAAGGACCUUGACCGUUGAUGAUUACAAACUUAGAUUUUGCGUUCUCAUUGAUCUAGCUAUGAGCAACAAACAUGGGGGCAUUGCUGAGCUUUUAUGUUUUACUUGAUCUUGGUUUUCAUGAAAUAGCUCAAAUUAUAAUACCCAAACACUGUAGUCUGUUUUGAAGAAUAAUGCAUUUAUGACUUUUCAAUUUUCA